GAUUUUUAAAGAAUAACUUCACAUCACCCAAACAAAGCAGGACGGGUGCUGCUGUGAGGAAGGGUCUGCCGGUGAGAGCUGUAGGCGUGACCCCCAGGGCUUUGCUGGGUCAUGUUUGCCUGUCGCUUGCCCCUGUGGAGGCUCAGUGCUACCUGCAAGUUGCGGCAAUCAGGUCACUUACUGCCUUGGAACAGCUGCCAAAUGCUGAGUGUUAAAGGAAUCAACACCACUGUGGGGCAGGAGCAACAGGCCGGCCUGAAAGGACAAGUGUUAGAAGAUCUGGAAAUGCACCCUGCAAGGAGUGAAACGGAGGCUCUCUUCCACGAGCAGCCUGAGACUGGGAACCAGUACUUGGAAGACACUUUGCUUCGGAGUUACUUGAAAACACACCUUCCUCCCAAGGUCCUGGAGGAGGUGCAUCAGGACCUGGAGAGGUUUGGAAACCGCCUGCAUACCAAGAUCCAACCUCUGAGCCGGGAAUGUGAGCUGAACCCCCCUGUGUUCCGGCAGUACGAUGCCUGGGGGCAGCGCGUGGAUCACAUCUACACCUGCUCGGCAUGGAGGAGGAUGAAGGAGAUCUCAGCAGAAGAAGGGCUGAUUGCUGAGGCCUAUGAGAGAAGAUACUCCAACUGGAGCCGCCUGUACCAGGCUGUCAAACUGUACUUGUUCUCAAGCUCCUCUGGAGGUUUCAACUGUCCACUGGCCAUGACUGAUGGGGCAGCCAAAGUCAUUGAGUCACUGGGUAUUCCUGGAUCCCUGAAAAAUGCUUUUGACCAUCUGACAACCCGUGACCCCCAGAAGUUCUGGACCUCUGGCCAGUGGAUGACUGAGCGAAGGGGUGGCUCGGAUGUUGCAAAUGGCACUGAGACUGUGGCCAGGAAGCAGCCGGAUGGCUCCUAUCGUCUGUAUGGAUUUAAGUGGUUCACAUCAGCAGCUGAUUCGGAUAUGGCACUAACCCUGGCCAGGAUAGCAGAUGCUGAAGGACAGUGUACCCAGGGCUCCAAAGGCCUGUCCCUGUUCUUCCUGAGGGUUCGGGAUGAGGAGGGGAAGCUGAACAGCAUCCAGGUGCAAAGGCUGAAGGACAAGCUGGGCACGAGGCAGAUGGCAACAGCAGAGCUGUGGCUGCAAGGAGCCAGAGCAGAGCUGAUCUCUGCAGAGGGUCGUGGAGUGGCUGCCAUCUCCAACAUGCUGAACAUCACUCGGAUCCACAAUGUCAUUGGUGCAGUGGCUUCCAUGAGAAGGAUGGUCAGUCUGAGCAGGGACUACGCCCGCAAGCGCGUGGCCUUCGGGAAGCUCCUCAAGGACCAUCCCCUGCACAUGCAGACAAUAGCCCGGAUGGAGGUGCAGGUGAGAGGGGCAUUUCUGCUGCUUAUGGAGAUUGUUCGCCUGCUGGGCCUGGCUGAAACCAACCUGGCGAGUGAGCAGGAGCAGCUGCUGCUGAGGCUGCUUGUCCCAGUGGCCAAACUGUACACAGGGAAGCAGGCUUCUGCCGUGGCUGUUGAGGCAAUGGAGAGUUUUGGGGGCCAAGGUUACAUGGAGGACACAGGCUUGCCAGGCAUACUCCGGGAUACUCUGGUGCUGUCCAUAUGGGAGGGAACAACCAAUAUCCUGUCCCUGGAUGUGCUGCGAUCCCUCAUCAAGAGCCAAGGGCAGGUGAUGGCUGUGUUCCUGUCCUCAGUGCAGAAAAAGCUGGAGCUGGCUUCAGGCACUGAGGAGCUGUCCCCUGCUGUGCAGUGGACACGGGAAGCCAUCGGGAGCCUCCAACAGUUCAUGGCGGGUGCAGGCUCAGAGCAGGCACUGACCAUGGAGCUGGCAGCCAGGGACUUCUCCUACAGCCUGGCGCGGAUCUACACAGGAGCUCUUUUAAUGGAACACGCUGCUCGUCCUGACGCUUCCUCUACAGACGUCUGCACUGCCCUGAGGUGGUGCCACCAGGAGCUGUGUCCGGUGGCCGCGGAGUCAGCGAGGGGCAGCUACGGGGGCGGGGCAGCGCUCCAGGACAGCGCCCUGGUGUUCGGGAACAGCCGGCUCUGAGCGGCCCCCGCACGGACACCAGUGCUGACCAUGGACUUCCACCCUUGGAUGGGGUUUGCUCCAGGGGCAGUCCUUUCCACCCACUGUGGCUGUGAGCAUUGACCUCCUCAGGAACUGCUGCUUUCUGAAGAAAAAAGGGAUUUUUAUUCUACCUGGCCUCCAAAAUGUUGAUUAAUUCUCUAUGCAUGUGUCCUAAUGAUGCUGCAAUCCAUCCUGACAUAAAUUCUACAGAAGUUUUGGACUGAAAUCCCAUAAUUCUCCACCUAAGCACUGGCUGUGGGCUUCUCCUUCCCCUCAACCUGCUUGCUGACCUGCUUGGUAUUGCCCUGCUGGCUACAAGUUUUUAAUUAAGAAGUUGCUAAUAGAAGAAGAAAAGCACUAAUAGACUGAAGACAGCUGGAAUUUAUAGCUGGGAAAUGCUGCAGCAGCCAGACACUGAGUGGAAGAGGGGGAAGGAGCUGUUUGCUGAGGUUGGACUUGUCCAGAGUUUCAAAGACAGCAGAGCCAGAAGGACACAAAGGGAGGCUCCAGGGAGGAGCAGGGUGGAGCAAUCCCAACAGGACAUUGCAAGGGAGGCUCCAUGGCCUCCCUGUGUCCUGGCACAGGGAUCCCAGGCUGAGCCAAGCAAAGCUUCCCUGAAAUCACCCAAAUGCCACAAGCCAGCCCCAGCAGCAAAGGGCUUCUGCUGUCUGUGCAUUGCAGGGAAUAAAGAGCAUUUGGGUUUGGAAAAUCUCCUACA